AUGGUUAACACUGGAUCUUUGGACGUUCUCCCCUUGAGCCCCUGCACCAAUGGAAGUUUGGGUUUCGGAAGUCAACUCUUGGGAGGCACUCUCUUGAGACACGUCGAGACUUCGUCGACGGCCGAAUUGGUCGAGCAUACCUCGACUGAGGUCGCCGAAGUUGCGGAAGAGGUCAAUUCUGAGACUAUUGAGCAAAAAGUCCAAGCCGACAACGAUAGACAUCAUGAGAGUGAACAUGAGGACGAGAUGGUUGAUAUCGAGACUGUUGAUGAGGAGGUUGAGGCUUUGACGGAGAAGGUUGCCGCGGUGACAGCUCUCGACGAUGAAAUUGAGGACCACCAGGAGACUACCCAGGAGGAAGAGGAGGAGGAGGAGGAGGGACACAGUGAAGACUUGGACGAGAAGGAAGAGAUAAAGCCUGAGGUCGUCGAGGCUUCACCCACACCCGCUCCCAGACCCUUAUCCUCGCCUAUGACUUCCACUGCCACCGAAAAGAUGGAAACCGGAGUCCCUCAACGCGCCGUCCUCUCCGGCGUCCCCACCGCUGCCCAAUCCCGCGGUCUCUCCGCCGCAAGUCUGGCCCUCAAGAAGAAGCAAGCCGCCGAGAGCGCCGCCGCAGCACUCAAAGCCGUCUCCGUCGACAUUCCCGAGACAGACUCAAUCUCAAACCGGAUCCGGAUGUUUGGCGGUGCGGCCGCGACACGCACAGGCGGCCUCAAGAAGUGUAAUGUCCGCGAUAUGGUUCAAAAGUUCAAGGAUGUCGACGAGAAGUCUCACGAGGAUAUCGCCCACGUCGUCAAGGGCCACAACAAUGCCGAACCCCGCGGCGUCUGCAGCGCCUACUCCCUUUCGACUGCCUCCCGUCCCCUCCGCCCAACGCCUCGCCGGAAGAUGAGCCACGAGUUGACCGACAACGAGACUCGUGGGAUCACCAAGAUGGUUGGGGGUAUGGUCAACAGUGCCUCGAACGUGUCGUCCUCGGGUUAUAGCAGGAACAGCGAUGAGAACGACCGGUUGGGUGUCAGCCAGGAGAGCGUUCAGAGUGUCAGGAACGCCAAGAGUCUCUUUGAGAACUUGGCCCGUAAUGAGACCUCCGGCGCUCAGAUGUAG